AACCGCGUUGUCCUGUUCUAUCCCUGCGUGUUCGCUCUAUCGUCUAACCCGCGGGGUUCAAACUUGAGUUCGGUGACAGUUCACCCCUUCGAGAGGGAGGCUAAUAUCAGAAGUGCAUGUUCCAGACAGACUGUGGGACGGCGAGGGGUGCAGCGCACGCGCUCCCACCAAUUUUACUUCAAACUGCAUUUUCAGUUUCACUUUCAUUCAUCCCCGCGAUCUUCAACCACACGCACACGUGAUAUGCCACACUGGCACUAGCAUACGUUGGUGACUUGAUAUCUUCGUCGCAUCGGACUGUUGUAUUUACCUCUGUGACUUUGUGUCGGUGCUCCAGUUUUGAGUUAUGUUUAUGUCUGGACCUCGUCUCAUUUUCACUUUCUGUGAACUGACGGCUGUCAAAUAGAUUUUUGUGUUUAUCCUGUUAUAAAAUGCAAACUGCUGCUAUUGUGUACAAAACUGACAUUAAAGAGUUCAGGAUUUCGCCGGGUGCUAUUGUUUCGUCUACUUCUUCCCCAGGAUCUUCUGCGAUGAGGCCUCCACCGCCCCCACCUCCCCCAAAAAUGAAAAUAUCUAUUGACAACAAACUGGAGGAACCCUCUUCCUCUAUUCCUGACCUAGAAUUCGAUGGGACUACCGUUUUAUGCAGAGUAUGCGGCGACAAGGCUUCAGGUUUUCACUACGGCGUACAUUCUUGUGAAGGUUGUAAGGGUUUCUUCAGGAGGAGCAUACAGCAGAAAAUCCAAUACAGGCCCUGCACCAAGAACCAGCAAUGCGCGAUCCUCAGGAUCAACAGGAACCGAUGUCAGUAUUGCAGAUUGAAGAAGUGCAUCGCGGUUGGAAUGAGCAGAGAUGCCGUCAGAUUCGGCAGGGUGCCCAAGAGAGAGAAGGCACGCAUCCUGGCUGCGAUGCAGCAAAGUUCAAAUUCCAGAUCUCUUGAGAAGCAGGUUAAUGCAGAGCUAGAAGACGAACAAAGAUUAAUAGGCACAGUGAUAAGGGCACACAUAGAUACAUGCGAUUUUACGAGGGAAAAGAUCGAACCCGUACUGGUGAGAGCGCGGGAACAGCCAUCCUACACAGCCUGCUCUUCGAUCUUGGCAUGUCCUCUCAACCCGAAUCCGUACCCGCCCGCUGGUCAGCAAGAAGUAAUCCACGACUUCUCAAAGAGGUUCUCGCCGGUCAUACGCGGAGUCGUGGAGUUUGCGAAACGCAUUCCUGGUUUUUGUUUAUUGGGACAGGACGAUCAGGUGACCCUACUCAAAGCGGGCGUUUUCGAAGUGCUUCUAGUGCGACUGGCGUGUAUGUUUGACGCGCAGACCGCCACGAUGGUCUGCCUGAACGGACAGAUGUUGAAAAAAGACUCUAUACAUAGUAGUUCUAACGCGCGAUUCCUGAUGGACUCGAUGUUCGAAUUCGCCGACCGCGUGAACUGCCUCCGUUUGUCGGACGCCGAGAUCAGUUUGUUCACUUCCGUGGUCGUGAUCGCGGCCGACAGGCCGGGUUUGAGGAACGUCGAGCUGGUCGAGAAGAUGCAGAACAAAUUGAAAUGCGCCCUGCAGACGGUGCUCAAUCAGAACCGACCGGGGCAGCCCCACAUCGUCGACGACCUGAUGAAGAAAAUCCCAGAUCUCAGAACCUUGAACACGCUCCAUUCUGAAAAGUUGCUCGCUUUCAAGAUGACCGAGCAGCAGAUGAUGCAACAGCAACAACAGCAGACCCAGCAUUUCUGGGGGUCUCCUCACGAAGAAGAUGCGAGUAGCAAGAGUCCCGCGGCCUCCUCAUGGUCGUCCUCUUCUGAUGUCACGAUGGACGAAGCUAAGAGUCCGUUGGGUUCGGUUUCAAGCACGGAAUCCAUGGGUUCUUCCGACAUCAACUCCCUGAACGAUUAUCACCAUUCGAAUGGAAAUAACCAUAUCAGUCAACACGUGGCCAACGCCCCAUUAUUAGCAGCGACACUGGCGGGAGGAUACUGUCCUCACAGACACAGGGCGAAUUCAGGUUCAACAUCUUCCGGGGACGAUGAGUUCGUGCAAACUUCCCACCUAAUCCACAAUGGUUUGACAAUAACCCCAGUCACGAGACCAGUGCAACAGAUCAAUCCAAGGUUCAGAAAGCUCGAUUCACCCAGCGAUUCCGGCAUCGAAUCUGGCACGGAAAGAGUUGAUAAACCCAGCGCCCCUCCGUCUCUCUGCUCAAGUCCGAGGUCGUCAGUAGAAGAUCACCAUAUCGUUGAAGACAUGCCGGUCUUGAAGCGUGUAUUGCAAGCGCCCCCAUUGUACGAUACUAAUUCCUUGAUGGACGAAGCCUACAAGCCACACAAGAAAUUCAGGGCGCUGAGAAAUAACAAAGAUUCAGAAGCCGAACCAGCUGUUAUGAUGUCCCCUCACCAACAGCAACAUUCUCAUCUUUUGGCCCAGUUGUCGGCGCCACCACAAUCUUCACUGUCCAGCACGCAUUCGACUCUGGCUAAGACGUUAAGAGAGGCGCCCAAGAUGACGGUGGAGCAGAUGAAGAGGACAGAUUUGAUCCACAGUUACAUCAUGAGGUCGGAACAGGCUUCGCCGCUAGUGACAGCGUCCCCAACCGCGUGUCCGUACAAAUCAACGACCACCAGUAGUGUCGUUGUGAACAACAACUUGUUGACGCCCGCCUGGGCCACGUCGGUCAUCACAACUGCAAGACAGCCGCAACAUCGACCAUCUUCAACGUCCCCGCACCUACAACAUAUGAGUCCACCACAUCAGGGUCCGGAGUAUUUGAGACUGUACAAUUCGCAGUCUCCUCACUCAACCUCCCCAACGCCCUCGACAAGAUCGACGUCCAGUCCCCAUUCGACGAUCAGGAGGUCGACGCCCACCCCCAACAUGGUGGAACUCCAAGUUGACAUAGCGGAUUCGCAACAACCCUUGAAUCUGUCGAAAAGGUCGCCGUCCCCAUCGCCGAGGCCCAUGAAAAUAAUCAAGUUGGAGGUCAAUUAAACCUCUUAACUGUCGAGGAAGGGUCGUCCCGGCCCAACCCUCUGAGCUUAGUACAAAGUGGAGUGUGUGCCGUAUCCUAAUCUAAAGACAUUCGAUGCGAGUUUAGGCGAUUUCCGCAAUCAACGGUGGCACUUACAGCGUAUUACCAAACCAAAUUUUAAAACUGACCCCAACGUUUUAUCUAUUGAACAUCCCCUUCCAUUCCUAUCCCGUCUUACAUAAGUAUAUAGUAUCUUUGAAUGUGUGUGUGCCCCUUAUCAGUUAAACUGUAGAUUCGGUAGGUUUGUCCUCCGAGGACAGAUUCUCUUAAAAUGUGUAUAUUUUCUUCGCCAUCUACUGAGGAGCCCGGUUAAAUUAAUAUAUUAUUGUACAUAGCGGACCAAAAAUUUUAUGUUUACGUCGGGCUCCCCAGUAAUUCGUCUUUGAGUAAGUUUAAAUCAAUCACUAAUUUGAAGGCCACUUAUUAUUUGUUGAAAAUUAUUAAUUUAUCUUUAUGUAUAUUGAAUCCGAACGAAAAAAUCCUACUGUAGAGAACUAUAUUAUUAUAUUGUUUAAUAUAUGUGAUAAAUUUGUUUGUAGAACAUAUUUGUGUAUAAUUUUGUGUUGUAUCUCAGUUUGUAUAGUGACUAUUUGUUCAUAAUCAUUUAUGCAUCUCACAUCAUUGGUUUACAUCAUUCUGUACAUUAAUCAUCAACCAUUCAUCGUGAUUCAGAGCAAGUCUAGGAGUGAGUUAAGACUGAAGGGUUGAAACGUUAACUUAUCGUACUAAGGCUUAAGUUGCCAUCUUACCCACGUUUCGCCUCCUAUAUGACUCCUUCAGACCUGUUCUCUAUUGAAGACAUGUAAGCUUACUCAACUACAACUACUCCUCAACUGAUAUCAUGUUUAAACCGGUUAUUUGUAUAGCAUUACAACCCACUUUCCGAACAUUUUUAAUAUCGUUGCAAUUAUGAUGUCAUCUGAAUCAGAACAAUGUGAAGUAUUCCAAUGUCACCAAGGCCUUUAUGACUGAGAUGGCCUUUGGCGCAUCGGAUUCAACUUCAAUUUUAUGUGAUUGUCAUUUUGUAAAAUGGGAGCUUGUUGAGGCCGUCAGAAUAAAACAUGUCUGAUGAUCUUAUUAAA